GUUGGUGAUUUCAUUGUUUUGAUUUAUACAAUUUGAUGCAAUUUCAAAGAAUGUUUUUUUGUAGAGCUACACAUCAACGAAUUUUGUUUAAAUGUUAAUGAGUAGUGUAAUUAGCAGUGUCUAGAAUGGUAUAGUAAUUCCAUAAAACAUGUACAAAGCAAAAACUAUAUUCAAGGUCCCUGAAUCCCGUCCACCAACCGUAUUGUGCAAUAAAACCAUCAAUAAUGCUUCCGAAGUCAGCGUGGACAGUCACAAGCAAAUGCUUGACUUGGACGACACCGUAUUCCUAAAUGUUUCGCUUGAAAGUGCCGAUUCGCCCAUCAAUGAAACCGACAUCAAUCUCUCGUCAUUCGAUAGUCCUGACGUCAAUCUGAAUACCGCACUUAUUAUUCCCCAUUCUCUGAAGCGGAAAUCUUCCGAGGGAAUCGCACCCACAUGCAAGAAACGUUUGUUAGACGACGUUUCUUUCGACGAAACGUUCGUUUCUGACACUGAACUCUUGCAAAUCCAAUCCGGCCAAAUACAGCCAAUCGAAUCACGUCCCUGUUCGUUCGAACGGUACUCGCAACUUUACUUCAGCAGUCAAUUCGAACAGGUCGAAAAUGUCACGGAUGAAGACGUUCGAAAUGAAACACAAAUCGAUCAAAGCUGCUCGACCGUCACGAAAUUAAAUCUAACACAAAUGUUCAACGAUGACUUUGAGAACGAUAUUCAAGACAUGGACGUGCCAUGCAAUCAAACUCAAAUGUUUCUGGACACAGUGAAAGCAAUUGGACAAGUUCCCAAAGAUCCCACACAGAAACUGGAAGAACUCGAUGGCACGAUGUACAAAAGUAAAAACGGAAAUAUUUACAUUCAGCUGCAACGGUCGAUGGAGGCCAAAAAUGAGACGAAUGUAAUCGAUGAUGAUUAUGUGGAUGCGGAACUGUCUCAAGCGAUUAAGUCGUCUCAAUAUCUUAGGGAAAUUGAGGAUGACUUUGCAAAGUGUGAGAAGACCAUCUGCAACAUAGGCAAUUUGAAUGAAAGCGAUCGAUCAAUUUUAAAUGAAAACAGUCCGUCGGCUGACAUAGACGUCGCAUUGAACAAGAGUGAUGAGGCUUUACAUGGACUGAGUAACAUGUCAGCAAUCAAUUGGAACAGUCCAAUGGUUCGUGCUUCACAAGACACCCCCAAGUCGUCGUUUAUCAAAACUCGGCUGGCAAUGAGCUCGAAAAAUCGACAAAAUGUGCAGACAACACCGAAAUCCAUUGUAACAACCAAAUUCAGUCCGAUGGGUAGCUACUAUGGACUGCCGACCACCGUAAAGUCUUUGAUCAAGGACUACAAAGGAAUCGACGAGUUAUAUGACUGGCAAAAUGAAUGCCUAACUCUUCCGGCGGUGUCGCUUCGCCGAAAUUUGAUAUACGCCUUGCCAACGAGCGGAGGCAAAACUCUAGUCGCUGAAAUAUUAAUUCUAAGAGAAGUCAUUUGUCGCCGGACGAACUGCCUGUUCAUUCUUCCAUACGUGUCCAUCGUGCAAGAGAAAAUCUGGGCCCUAUCACCGUUUGCGGUGCAAUUGGAGUUCUUGCUUGAAGAGUAUGCAGCUGGCAAAGGACAAUUGCCGCCGAGAAAGAGACGCCAGAAAAAAUCCGUUUACAUUGCAACCAUUGAGAAGGGCUUGGCAUUGUUGGACAGUCUGAUCGAAGUUGGUCGUGCGAACGAGAUAGGACUAAUUGUUGUCGAUGAGCUACACAUUAUCGGAGAGCCGGGACGAGGUGCAACUUUGGAAACAUUAUUAACGAAAGCUAUGUUUAUCAACGCUGGAAUACAAAUAGUCGGAAUGAGCGCUACGAUCGGCAACCUGAGCGAAAUCGGUAAAUUUCUUAACGCAGACAUUUACACAAGAAACUUCCGUCCCGUCGAAUUGAAAGAGUAUGUCAAAUGCGGAUCUGAUAUCUUAUCGGUGAAUCCCAAUGCACCAUCGCCAGAAGAAGCAUUCACAACGGAACGAACGGUCGAUUAUGGGUAUAGUGAAGAUGUGCUGCGUAGAGAUCCUGAUCACUUAGGCGGCUUAGUCAAUGAAAUCAUUCCAGAUGAUUCCGUCCUUGUCUUCUGUUCGUCGAAGAAAAAUUGUGAAAAUGUGGCGCUGCUGCUAUGUCGCGUGUUGCCCAGGAAAUCCGUUAAUCAUCGUCAAGAAGAGAGAAAUGAAUUGAAGGCAGCGCUCCAAGGCGAAAAUGGAGCAAUGUGUCCGAUUCUGGCACAAACGAUUCCGUAUGGUAUAGCAUAUCAUCACUCAGGUUUGACGACUGACGAACGCCGCAAUCUCGAAAGUGCGUUCCGUCAAAACAUUAUCUGUGUGAUAUGUUGUACAUCAACGUUGGCAGCUGGCGUUAACUUGCCAGCGAAACGUGUCAUUAUUCGUUCGCCAUACAUUGGGCGCGAUUUUCUCACCCUUAGUCGGUACAAGCAAAUGGUAGGCAGAGCCGGUCGAGCUGGAAUGGGUGACUGUGGGGAGAGCAUAACCAUCUUUGAGCCGAAAGAUUAUUCCCGUUUGAUUCAUUUACUCACCGCUCCAAUGGAUGAAGCUGCGAGUGGCCUGCAUUUAUCUGCCUGCAAAGGACUCACCGGUCUGAUUCUCAGUUCAAUUGGUCUCGGUAUAGCGGUUUGCCAAAAAGAUCUGCAUCAGUUGAUAUCGAGAACAUUGCUGGCGGUGCAGGCCGAACGUUUGGGUCUGGACAUCGAGGAAAUGACCAAUCAGAUUAUCCGAGAUUUAUUUAAAUUGAAAGCCCUCACCGCAACAAGUGCGACGUCUCAACUAAAACCGUUGACUGAAUCGAACGCGACGGCUCAAUUGAGUUCCAGUAGCGUUGAAUUUCAAAACAGUGGCGUAUUCGUUGACGAUGAACCGGCUCUAAACACAACGAAAGUCAUGCAAAAACUUGUCCUCAAGCCGUCCACCAAGUUAACUAUCAGUCGAAUGGGGAAAGCAUCGUUCAAAUCUUGUAUCGAUCUGCAAAAGUCCAAGAUCAUUUACAACGAUCUGAUGGAGGCGCAAAAGAGUCUCGUACUGACGGACCAUUUACAUUUAUUGUACAUUGUAACGCCAUACGAACCAGCCGACAUCAAUGUGACAAUAGACAUGACGGUCUAUUACAAUCAGUACUCCAAAUUGACUCCAGUUCAAUUACAAACCGCCAAAGCAUUGGGCAUCAACGAAUCGUGUGCAGUGAGAAUGGUGACGGGACAGUCGUUCAAGUCUCACAUGACGCGACCAGUACACCGUUUCUUCCUCACACUCAUUCUACACGAACUAUGGCAACAGAAACCCAUCCAUCAAGUGGCCGAUAUGUUUCACGUGAAUCGUGGUGUCGUUCAGAAUCUAGCCACAGCAGCAGCAUCGUACUCCAGCAGUGUGAUACGGUUCUGUGAAGAACUGGAGGAAUUUUGGGCGUGUAAAGUACUGUUGGGAGCUAUGGUGAAACAGUUGAGCUACUGUUGCACUGUCGAAUUGUUGCCGCUGAUGGACUUGCCAUGUGUGAGAAUUGGAAGAGCACGGCAGCUAUAUUCGAAUGGAUUCAGAUCGUUGGAGGAUGUAGCAAAGUCGACGGUGGGAGAACUAGUCGAUAAAAUUGAGCAUUUGAAUUACAAAGUGGCCAAACAAUUGAUUUCGGCUGCCAAAGUUUUCAUUCUGGAACGAUUGGAAACGCUACGCGGUGAAGUGCACGACUGUCUGGAGGUGCUAACACAGAAACCCAGUUAAAUGAACUUUCAUUUUCUUCCUUUCCUUUAUUUAUUUGUCGCCCUAUCUCUUCUUGUAAAUACACGGCUUCAAGCUGAAUGAACUAAC